AUGGACCCUUCCUCGCCAGUUCCUGCUCCGGCAGACGAGUACGGGCCAGUCGCAAGUGAGAUCGAAGCUGGUGACCACGCAGAGAUUUACUCUGCCUACGCCGAAUCGACAACCGAGACCACCGAGUCUCUGAGGUCCUCCAUUGCGGACUACACCUACAAGCACGGACGACGAUACCACGGGUUCCACGAUGUGGAGUACUGGGGCCCAAACGACGACAAGCAGCAGAAUGCUGAGGACCUCGGGCACGAGAUGUACAGAACCAUCCUGGGUGGCAAGCUCUACCUUGCUCCGAUACCGGAAAAUGUUCAGAACGUUCUCGAUGUUGGUUGCGGCACAGGCAUUUGGGCCAUUGACUUCGCGGAUGCGAACCCGUCAGCCAAGGUCAUCGGGGUUGAUAUUUCUCCCAUCCAGCCAGCCUUCGUACCGCCCAACUGCGAAUUCCAGGUUGACGACAUCAACGAGGACUGGACCUUCCCGGAGAAUCAGUUUGACUUUGUUCAUCUCCGCCACAUGACCGGCUGCGUCUCGGACUGGGCUGCUUUCCACAAGAACGCCUUCCGCUAUGUCAAGCCCGGCGGCUGGGUCGAGCAGGUUGAAUUAUCGGGAAUCGCCACCUCGGACGAUGGUACGUUGAAGGAAGAUUCAGUGUUCAAGAGAUGGUGGGAGGUGUUCCGCGAGGUAGGCGAGAAGGUGGGCAAGGCGUUCGAUGCCUCCGAGGUGGCGCAUGAAUCUAUCGAGGCCGCCGGCUACGUCAACGUCAAGGAACACAGCUACAAAACCCCCAUCGGCCCCUGGGCCAAGGACGAGAACCAUAGGCUGUGGGGCAGGUGGAACCGCGCCUACCUCCUCGAAGGGCUUGAAGGGUUUGCUCUGAAGGGGUUAACUGACGUAUUGAGAUGGCGGUACGACGACGCGCAGCAAUUCUUGGCCGAAGUGCGCAAAGAGCUCCGCAACCCCGAUGUUCACUCGUACAUCUAUCUGCGUGUUGUUUAUGGGCAGAAGCCUCCAUCAACUUGAUUGGCUAAUUUGGUUAGGGGGUGUGGGGGGGGGGGGAGAGCAAAUCGCUGCUGCGAGAUCAAAGGGGACACCUUGUGCCGUCCUUGUUUUUAGACAUUAGCUUUGUCGAGUUUUCACAUAAACUGGUGGCCACUUUGGCGGAAUCAACUUCUCCAAGCUCUCAACAUCAUCAUAUAAAAAU